CCCGGAGAUGGAAGUGCGACGUGUAGCGGGAGGCGGCAUGGCGGGCGGGCUGCGGCUGGAGAACGCAAACCCGCUGGUGUUCGGCCGGAGCGCCGAGCGGCCUGUCACUGCCGCCGAGCAGGACGAGCGGCAGGCCGAGCUCAUCGACGGCAGGGAGGUCUUCGAUCUGAUCAGAUCGAUCAAUGACCCAGAGCACCCACUGAGUCUGGAGGAACUGAACGUGGUGGAACAAGUUCGCGUUAAUGUGGUCGAUCAAGAGAACAGUGUGUCAGUCGCCUUCACGCCAACAAUCCCUCACUGUAGUAUGGCCACACUGAUUGGCUUAUCCAUCAAAGUCAAGCUGCUGCGAUCUCUACCUGCCCGCUUCAAGGUGGAUGUUCACAUAACACCAGGGACCCACGCAUCUGAACAUGCAGUGAACAAGCAGCUGGCAGACAAGGAGCGAGUGGCUGCAGCUCUGGAGAACUCGCACCUGCUGGAGGUCGUCAAUCAGUGCCUGUCAGCCAGAGUCUGAGCCUCCUCUCUGAGGCUGGAACACUGGGUGCUGGCGGGCCAGGCUCCUGGGACAAGGGACAGGGUUUUGGUGAUGUGUCUGCAGGUGUCUGUGCACACUUGUGUACAUGGACGGGGUGUGCCUGUGAGUGUGAGUGUGUAUACACAUUUGUGACAUGGAGUAGCUGGCCAAGCGAUAUCUGUGCACGUGUGUGUGUGUGUACAUGGAGCAUGUGGGUUAGUGUGUGUGCAUGUGUGUGUUUGGGAUGUGGAAUAUGUAGAGUAUAUGUCUGUGGGUGGACGGAUGGAUGUGUGCAUCUGGGUGUUUGCCUCCUGGAGUCACAAAGCUAAACAAAGGUCUCUCUGUAGUCUGAAUGAGAGUCAGACAUCAUUCACGUCUGCUGUGGGUUGAAGGUGAUUGCACACUGUCCCUUCUCUCCUCUCUCGGCCCGAUGGAAUUGGCCACUGUUGGUAGGGGUGGGCAAUGUUACUGCCAAGCCUGGCACUGGGAGGGAUGGAAAUCAGUUAAUGAGCCCAUCCUCAGCAAUAACCUCUGGCCACCAUCUAAGAUUAGUCUCUGGGGAUCGGGCGAAGCUGUCUUCCCGUUCUGUUAUUUUAUAUCCCACUCUCACAGGUGUUACCUGUAUUUGCUGACACGCUGCUUUGCGCACAUGAGUCCCCUCAAUCCCAGGUACUGUACGUUGCGGCCAGUUGCAUUCGGAAUGUUGGCCUCUGGAUAAUUUUCUGCAGAUUAUUAACAGAAUCAACUCUGUUAGUUCGGCAGUAGCUUUAAAAUGUAUUGUCUUUGGAAACAAAUACAGACUAGAUAUACUUGCAAUCCCUGACUUACCACAGUGGGUGUUAAGUCAUUCAGGUUAACAAGAUGAGCAAAUAUUUUAACUUUUCUAAUUACUGUAUCCACUUGUCUGGGAAGAGGCUGAAAGAUAUUACCCCCCCCCCCCACCCCAAAGUUAUCGUCAGUAGCACUGCUGUCAGAGUAACACACAAAAUGCUGGAGAAACUCAGCAGUUCAGGUAGCAUCCAUGGAGAGGAAUAAACAGCCAAUGUUUUCUGACAAAGAGUCUCUGUCUGAAACGUAGAUUGAUUAUUCCUCUCCAUAGAUGCCACCUGACAUGCUGAGUUUCUCCAGCUUUUUGUGAGCUACUUUAACAACAGUGUUACUGUAUUUUGUAUUUUACACAGAGGAUGGUGCAUAUAUGGAACAAACUACCAGAGGAAGUGGUAGUAUUUUGUGUGUGUUGCUCUGAAUUUCCAGCAUCUACUAAAUCUCUUGUGUUGAUAUGUUGCUGUCAAAUCUCUUUUAUUGGCAAAUGUGUGAAACUGGACUGAAUUAAAGCUACAAAAUGUGUUGA